AUGUCAUUAACAGUGGGUUUUUACAAGUUCUUUACUUGGAACCUUGACCUUGCCUAGCACUAUGUUUUCCAUGCCUAAGGCGAUGGUAAGGGUAGCUACCUUCUGGAAGUGGAUAGAACACGUCGUUUGUAAACCAUACCUUCGGAGAACUCACACCUAGACAAGAUGGCUGAUGUCAAGAAAAUAUGGAAUGACGUUAUCGCCAAAGACCUGCAGGGACAUGGCGUCAAGAUCCUCGUCAAGUUCCUGACCGUCUGCCCCGACCAGCAGCCCCUCUUCAAGAAGUUCGCCUCGGUUCCGGUAGGUUCUCUGGCGGAAAACAGCGACGUGGCAAAGCUAGCCGUGACCGUGAUGACGAAACUCGGGGAAUUCAUCAACUCCUCCAACCUCGCCAAUGACACCAAGGCCCUGGCCGCGGGUCACAAGACCAUGAACAUCACUCUCACCAACUUCCAGAAAAUAUUCCCCAUCAUUGCUCACUACGCGUCCGCGAAUGCUGGUGGCGACAAGGCGUCAUGGAUGACGGCUCUCAACGCCAUUGGCAGCGCCAUCGACGCCAACCAGAAGUAAAGCGUGCAACUUCAUUUAACUUCACAAGCCUGCGCACUAGACAUGGUGACGACCUUGACCCCAGGACCACAUUGACGUGCCGGAAUCAUUUUCGGAUAUCAGUGUCCCUCUCCUAGGGAUACCAACGUUGGAUUCUAUCUUAACCCAAGGGGUGCUGGAAAUGGAGGGCUUGACGGCUGGACGGAUGGGGGGGGGGAUGGCUGGUUGGGUAGUGGGGGGGGGGGAUGGGGUAUUCCACCACGCCGAAGUUACCGAUAGGACCAGUACCCCUCUGCCUAUUAUUAACCUACUAAAUACAAACUUCCUGUGGCAUUGGCCAACCUUCAAUUAACCUCCUUUCCCCCUCCACCCAGGGCUAAUGGUAAUAUUUAAUUUUAUUUUUUGCCUUUAGGACUGCCCGUCUAAAAAUGGUGUCAAAAAAUAUGCGGCUUUUUUAUAUUACAUUUUAUAUUGAAUAAUUUUCUUUAGAAACAUACCAACAAAUUUAUUAUUUUAAAAUCCCCCAUUUACAUUUUUGAGUAAAUUUUCAAAAUUGCCUCUAUAAUUUCUUCCCCGGAGCAGACUUCUGGCUAUCCAGAGCUCGGCCCCGGCACAGACAGGCUUGAAGCGCUAGUGGCACAUGAGCAUGUAAAUACUGUACCCGAACCCGAACCUGGUGACGACACCAACUACUGUAGUUUUUAAACUGUACAGUUUCGAUGGAAUUUUACAAAAGAAAAAAACAAAACAAAGAAACAAUGACAUUAGAUUAACAACAUCAAUGUUCUAAAAAUUCUUCAUAAAGAGUCGUUCGAUUAAAUGUCACAUAUAAAUCAAGUUUUUAUUUGUAAAACAAUAAAUGUCAAAAAGUUGUUUGGAAAAUAUAUACCUAUUACUAGUCAUUUGACAUCACUGAUUUAUUUUUUCAAUGACGUCUGUGCCAUUUUUGAAAUAAAUAAAAAAACCUGAAAAAAACACACAAAAAAAACAACACCAGUAAAACAUUAUAAAUUAUUUCUAUACGGUCUGGCUGUUAUUGGCGACAUAGUUUACGUUGGAUUCUUGAAUUUCUAGCCGACCUUCGAAAGGAAUGGAGGACGAAACAUAACUGGUGCCAAACGAUACCGCCGUUCACCACCGACGCCAUGAUUCAAGGCAAAACUGAAGUGUUCACAAGACGAUAUAACUUCCCCAUUCUAACAUGAUUUCAAUAUAUUGUUAACUCGUUUGCUUUUUACAAUAAACAUUUUAAAGAAA